CAAAAGUGUAUUUAGUAACACAAUUCUAAUCGGCCUUUAGUAUAGUUUUUUUUCAAUUCGUAUAUAAAAUUUGCGGAUAUUGGGGCGGUGCAGUGAACGUGUUGACGGCGACCGAUGAAUGGGGAAACGGCGGUUAGUCGAAAUUGAAACGGAUACAUAUCGAAUUCCGCGUUCGUUUUCGUUCUAUCGCUCCGGCUAGUUGCGAUAGAGCCAGUCGACGGGCAGGAGCGCUCUAACCGCGGCUCCGUUGCACGUUGAGGGCCGCCUUAUUGAUCUAAAUCGUUGACAGAUUGGAGUUUGCAGCAACUGUAUUACACGGCACACGGCAGGAGUAAAGUCGCUAUGGAGAUGCUUUCCGCAACACCACUAAAUUCGAUGACGUCACGAGCGCCAGUAUGUCUCCCAAGAUGUGGUUAGAGGCGAAUAAUAAGGUUUGAUUGUAUCAUUCACGAAUUUGACGCAGUCGCCUUCUGCAAAACACGUGCUCGCUGAACUUGCGCUUUCUCCAUCCUAUCCUUAACCUCUACAUACAAGAAUUCUAACAGUGUGCAGGAAACCACAAACGUUUAUACCAAAGCCAACGUGAAAUAUAAACAAUUUAUUGUUUUACCACAACAACCACAACAGAAAUAACUGGUACAUUAUUAACCUUUUUGGUUGGGUUAGAGAGAAAAAUUUAGUUUUCUACCUACAUCACUUGGCCCAAACUAAAUAGAGCAGUAUUUAUUUCUAAAAAAAAACUAAACGAUAUCCGAGUGGUCGAGUAAAAUUCAAAUAAAAGAGCGUAAAGUGUAUGUGCAAGAGUGGCGCGCUGCAUGUGCGGUUUUCCUGCUGGCCGCCAUUGCCCGUGAAACUUCUGGAGAAGAUUCGAGUACGAUAGAAUAGCCAGUGGAAGUCUACAUGAUAAACCGGGAAUAUAUGUUGGGUGUAAAUGAUUUCCUCGUUAGUUAUGUUUAUGGAACUUCAAAUAAUCCUCUUUGAUACCUUAACACAUGGUUGUCGUUGCCCCCCCUGGGAAACAUUUGUAUGGGCGCCCAUGGUACAAGGGUAUCGUGGGGGCCUAGGCGCGAGGAGACAUGUCCGUCGCCUCUGAUUCAUUCUCUGAGGAGGAGCGCAGUUUAUUCCGUCCAUUCACACGUGAGUCACUUGCAGCUAUCGAGGCUCGAAUUGCUGAAGAAUAUGCCAAACAGAAGGAACUCGAAAAGAAAAGAGCUGAGGGAGAGACCGGUUUUGGACGCAGGAAAAAGAAAAAAGAAAUUCGGUAUGAGGACGAGGACGAAGAUGAAGGUCCCCAGCCUGAUGCGACAUUGGAACAAGGUCUCCCUCUUCCGGUACGGCUCCAUGGCAGUUUUCCUCCAGAGCUGGCCAGCACACCACUCGAGGACAUCGAUUCAUUCUACCACAAUCAAAUGACUUUCGUAGUAGUAAGUAAAGGCAAGGACAUAUUUCGAUUUAGUGCAACAAACGCUCUUUGGAUACUCGAUCCGUUCAAUCCAAUCCGACGGGUCGCCAUCUACAUACUCGUUCAUCCGUUAUUUUCUCUAUUCAUCAUCACUACAAUCCUUGUCAACUGCAUCCUUAUGAUAAUGCCUACUACCCCCACCGUAGAAUCAACCGAGGUAAUAUUCACGGGCAUCUACACGUUUGAAUCAGCUGUGAAGGUGAUGGCGAGAGGUUUUAUUCUUCAACCGUUCACCUACCUUAGAGAUGCAUGGAACUGGCUCGACUUCGUAGUCAUAGCUUUAGCUUACGUUACAAUGGGAAUAGACCUUGGAAAUCUAGCUGCCUUACGAACCUUCAGGGUAUUACGAGCCCUAAAAACUGUCGCCAUUGUACCAGGCUUGAAAACCAUCGUCGGAGCUGUUAUCGAAUCGGUGAAAAAUUUAAGAGAUGUGAUAAUUUUAACAAUGUUUUCCCUGUCCGUAUUCGCUCUUAUGGGCCUGCAAAUUUACAUGGGCGUGUUGACGCAGAAAUGCGUGCGAAACUUCCCGUCGGACGGCUCUUGGGGCAACCUCAGCGACGAAAGUUGGGAAAGGUUCAUGGAUAACGAAACCAACUGGUACGUGGACGAGAACGGGGAUUAUCCACUUUGUGGAAAUUCCUCCGGAGCUGGCCAAUGCAAACCUGGUUAUACUUGCUUACAAGGUUACGGGGAUAAUCCAAAUUAUGGUUACACUAGUUUCGAUACAUUCGGUUGGGCGUUUCUCUCCGCGUUUAGAUUAAUGACACAGGACUAUUGGGAGAAUCUCUAUCAGCUGGUAUUACGUUCCGCUGGUCCGUGGCACAUGUUAUUUUUUAUCGUAAUUAUAUUUUUGGGAUCGUUUUAUUUGGUCAACUUGAUCUUAGCUAUCGUUGCAAUGUCGUACGAUGAACUGCAGAAGAAAGCCGAGGAAGAGGAAGCGGCCGAAGAAGAAGCCAUCAGGGAAGCCGAGAAGGCCGCGCAGGCUAAGCAAGAUCGAGCAGAUGCACGCGCAGCGGCCGCCGAAGAGGCUAGGGAAGCUAGAGAAGCAGCGUUGGUUGCUGAAAACUGUCCAGAUAUUGUAAAGUCCCCAUCCGAUUUUUCCUGCCACAGUUACGAGCUCUUUGUCGGACAAGCCAAAGGUCACGAUGAUAACAACAAAGAAAAGAUGAGCAUUCGUUCGGAAGGAUUAGAUUCAGUGAGUGAGCAGAGAAGAAUACCUUCUAAUCCCACCAAGAUGCGGAAAGUUAGCGCUGCCAGCCUCAGCUUGCCUGGUUCGCCGUUCAAUCCUCGACGGGGCUCCAGGGGGAGCCAUCAGUUCACUUGCAUGCGCACCACCAGGCGCAUGAUUCCGAACCCCGGCGAUCGCAAACCUUUGGUUCUAUCAACCUAUCUCGAUGCUCAAGAACAUUUACCUUACGCCGACGAUUCCAACGCCGUGACGCCGAUGAGCGAGGAAAACGGAGCCAUGGUGGUUCCCAUUUACUACGCCAAUUUGGGUUCGCGGCAUUCUUCGUACACGUCGCACGCGUCGAGGAUAUCGUACACCUCGCACGGGGACUUGCUCUGCGGCCUGGGCGGCAACGGCAAAGUCAUGACCAAAGAGAGCCAGCUGAGGAACAGAUCGGCGCUGAGGAGCGGACCCCCGCCGGCUGCGACUGCUACGAACACUCCGAACAACUACACCGAAUACAAUCACAAGGCUCACAGAGGAGAUUACGAUGGACCGACUGGUCAAAUAUGCGAAGGGAAACUAAAACAUUUAGACAAUCCUUUUAUCGAUAGUAAUCAAAGGCAAACCGUGGUGGAUAUGAAAGAUGUAAUGGUUUUGAACGAUAUCAUCGAACAAGCUGCUGGUAGACAGAGUAGAGCCAGUGAUCACGGAGUUUCUGUUUAUUAUUUCUCAGCCCAAAAUGACGAGGAGGAAGAAGAACCGACAGUCAAAGAAAGGUUAUUAGCAUUCAUAAUGCGAGUCAUAGAUAUUUUUUGUGUGUGGGAUUGUUGUGGUCCCUGGCUGGUUUUUCAGAAGGCUAUUGCAUUUGUUGUAUUCGAUCCAUUCGUCGAGCUCUUCAUCACCCUCUGCAUUGUAGUCAACACGCUCUUUAUGGCCUUGGAUCACCACGACAUGGACAGAGACCUAGAAAAAGCCCUCAAAAGUGGCAAUUAUUUUUUCACUGCGACAUUCAUGAUAGAAGCAACAAUGAAAUUGAUAGCAAUGAGCCCGAAGUAUUACUUCCAAGAAGGCUGGAAUAUCUUCGAUUUCAUUAUCGUAGCCUUAUCGUUGCUGGAGUUGGGCCUUGAAGGAGUUCAAGGGUUGUCAGUGUUGAGAUCGUUUCGAUUGCUGAGGGUGUUCAAACUAGCCAAGUCUUGGCCGACGUUAAAUUUACUUAUUUCGAUAAUGGGUAGAACUAUGGGUGCUUUAGGAAACCUGACCUUUGUGCUGUGCAUUAUAAUAUUUAUAUUUGCUGUUAUGGGUAUGCAGUUGUUUGGGAAAAAUUAUACAGAUAAUGUAGAUAGAUUUCCAGACCACGAACUUCCCAGGUGGAACUUUACAGAUUUUAUGCAUUCGUUUAUGAUAGUAUUUCGUGUGCUGUGCGGGGAAUGGAUCGAAUCGAUGUGGGAUUGUAUGCGUGUAGGCGACGUUUCUUGUAUACCAUUUUUCCUAGCGACUGUCGUCAUUGGCAAUCUUGUGGUAUUGAAUCUCUUCUUAGCUUUGCUUUUGAGCAACUUCGGUUCAUCCAGUUUGUCCGCGCCAACUGCUGAUAACGAUACGAAUAAAAUAGCGGAGGCGUUCGAUCGGAUCGGCCGCUUCAUCAAAUGGAUCAAGGCCGGCAUGGCCGAUAUCGCUAAGUUGAUUAGAUUUAAAUUAACGAACCAAAUUUCCGACCAGCCGUCAGAUCCACGUGACGGAGGCCUAGAUAUUCCUGGCGACGAAAUUUUAGCCGAUGGUAUGAUAUUCAAAGAUAAGAAAAGCCCUAAAGAUAGAUUAGAAGUGACUAUAGGUGAUGGUAUGGAGUUUACAAUACAUGGUGAUUCAAAAACCAAUAUAAAACGGGCCAAAAACGCCGUUAGUAAAAAUAAAACUCUAGGAAAUUCUAUUUUAGAACACGGUAAUUAUCUCGGACACUUAGAUGACGAUGAAAUUAGUAACAAAUCCUACGGCAGUCACAAACACAGAUUCAAAGAUGAUAGUCACAAAGGUAGUGCCGAUGUAUUGGACGAGCAAGAAGAAAAGCGCGAUGCUAGUAAAGAAGAAUUAGGAAUUGACGAAGAAUUAGAAGAUGAAUAUGAUUGCCAAGGUCCUUUACACGAAGAUUUAAUCAUUGACGUAGUUACAGAAGAUAUUAUAAUAGACGAAUACUCGGCCGAUUGUUUCCCCGAGAAAUGUUACAAGAAAUUCCCGUUCCUCGCAGGCGACGAGGAUUCCCCGUUCUGGCAAGGCUGGGGAAGCCUCCGCUACAAGACGUUCCAGCUCAUUGAAAACAAAUACUUCGAAACAGCCGUAAUCACGAUGAUAUUGCUCAGUAGUCUGGCGUUAGCUCUCGAAGAUGUUCACCUGUCGCAAAGGCCCGUCUUGCAGGAUAUCUUGUACUACAUGGACAGAAUAUUCACCGUGAUAUUCUUCUUCGAGAUGUUAAUCAAGUGGUUGGCCAUGGGCUUUCAGAAAUACUUCACCAACGCCUGGUGUUGGCUCGAUUUCUUAAUUGUAAUGGUGUCUUUGAUCAACUUUGUCGCUUCUUUAGUCGGGGCCGGUGGCAUUCAAGCUUUCAAGACAAUGAGGACGCUGAGGGCGCUGCGACCUUUGCGUGCCAUGUCUCGUAUGCAGGGAAUGAGGGUAGUAGUAAAUGCAUUGGUUCAGGCUAUACCAUCCAUCUUCAAUGUACUGCUAGUGUGCUUAAUAUUUUGGCUAAUAUUUGCUAUUAUGGGUGUGCAGUUAUUCGCGGGUAAAUACUAUAAGUGUGUCGAUAGUAAUAAGACAGUCUUAAGUUACGAAAUAAUUCCCGACGUCAACGCUUGUAAAGCUGAGAACUAUUCUUGGGAUAACUCACCAAUGAAUUUUGACCAUGUCGGUAAAGCAUAUCUAUGUUUAUUUCAAGUAGCAACAUUUAAAGGUUGGAUUCAAAUUAUGAACGACGCCAUAGACUCCAGAGAGAUGUACAAACAACCCAUCAGAGAAACGAAUAUCUACAUGUACCUUUACUUCGUGUUCUUCAUCAUCUUUGGAUCUUUCUUCACUCUCAAUUUGUUUAUUGGAGUCAUCAUCGAUAACUUCAACGAACAAAAGAAGAAGGCAGGAGGAUCGCUUGAGAUGUUCAUGACUGAAGAUCAGAAAAAGUACUACAACGCUAUGAAGAAAAUGGGUUCUAAGAAACCUAUGAAGGCUAUUCCUCGACCGAGGUGGAGACCUCAAGGCAUCGUCUUCGAAAUAGUGACAAAUAAGAAGUUCGACAUGUUCAUCAUGUUGUUUAUAGGUUUAAACAUGUUAACAAUGACAAUGGACCACUACAAGCAGAAAGAGACAUUUACAAAAGUUUUGGACUCCCUAAAUAUGAUUUUUAUAGUUAUAUUUAGUACCGAGUGCCUGAUGAAAGUGUUUGCUUUGCGUUAUCACUAUUUUACGGAACCUUGGAAUCUUUUCGAUUUAGUGGUUGUUAUAUUAUCAAUAUUGGGAUUGGUGCUCAGUGAUAUUAUUGAAAAAUACUUUGUAUCACCGACUUUGCUGAGGGUCGUCCGAGUCGCUAAAGUCGGCAGAGUCCUUAGAUUGGUUAAGGGAGCAAAAGGAAUUCGCACACUGCUUUUCGCACUUGCCAUGUCACUGCCUGCUCUAUUCAACAUCUGUUUACUACUGUUUUUGGUCAUGUUCAUCUUUGCCAUAUUCGGCAUGUCGUUCUUCAUGCACGUCAAGAACAAAAGCGGCCUCGACGAUGUCUAUAAUUUCAAGACCUUCGGACAGUCCAUGAUUCUUCUAUUUCAGAUGUCCACUUCUGCGGGUUGGGAUGGUGUUUUAGACGGAAUUAUAAAUGAGGAAGACUGCAAGCAACCAGACAACGAAAUAGGAGAAACGGGUAAUUGUGGUAAUUCCACAAUAGGUAUAGCUUUCUUACUCAGUUACCUCGUAAUAUCGUUCCUCAUAGUCAUUAACAUGUAUAUUGCCGUCAUUUUGGAGAAUUACUCUCAAGCGACUGAAGAUGUGCAAGAGGGUCUCACGGACGAUGACUAUGACAUGUACUACGAGAUAUGGCAACAAUUCGAUCCGGACGGGACGCAAUAUAUCAGAUACGAUCAACUAUCUGAUUUCCUAGAUGUAUUGGAGCCUCCUCUACAAAUACACAAACCGAACAAAUACAAAAUAAUCUCAAUGGACAUUCCGAUAUGCAAGGGUGAUCUCAUGUUUUGUGUAGAUAUUUUAGAUGCUCUUACCAAAGACUUUUUCGCUCGAAAGGGUAACGCCAUUGAAGAGACGGCCGAAUUGGCCGAAGUGCAAGGCAGACCGAACGAGGUCGGUUACGAGCCGGUCAGCUCGACGCUGUGGCGGCAACGCGAAGAGUACUGCGCCAGGUUGAUCCAGAACGCGUGGCGAAAGCACAAACGGAACCGAGGCGGCGCGACCGAUCAGUCCGGCGACGAGGGUGAUCUCGACGGCGACGGGGAACUCGAAGCCCGACAGACGGCCGUUUUGGUUGAAAGAAAUGGGCACAAAGUAGUGAUACACAGUCGAACACCCAGCAUCAGUUCACGAACUGCGGAUGUAUGAGACUGGCCCCGCCCCUCCCCACCCCUGUCAUAGUCGUCGGCGGAUAAAUAAUAAUAAUUAUGUCAUUGUAUGUAAUUAUUAAAAAAACACGCUGCUAUGGACUAUGUUCAGAUACAGAUGGCCUCACAACAACCACGUGACUCUUUAUCUCGGAUCGGUAACAUAUUUUGUCAACACCACGAUUUGCUCUCCAAAGCACUUGGCACGGUUUAUAGCGCAACACGAAACGUUCGCUUUUCUAUUAUCAUUUUUAUCUAAAAUAAAAGAAAUCCCUAUGGAAAUUGAAGGACUGGUUACCCAUAUUUAAAAAAUUAAAUGAAUAAAGAAGGUGCUAUUUGCUCUUAUUACACCACAAUGAAACCAUACAGUGCCUUCAUUCAAAAUAUAUACGUUGGUGUUAACGGUAACAGUUUUCCUUCCAAUUGAACAAAGGGAUUCAAAUAUUGAGCUUAAUAAAAUUUUCAACGUUUGCGCUAUGAACUGUAAUGUAUGGAUGUAUUGUAAAUCUAUCGAAUGUUGCCGAAAGACAAUUCUUAUAAAUAAUGAAUGUGCACACCUACCUAUAUGUAUCUUCGUUAAUUUAUAGCCGAGAUGAAACUUUGCGUGAUAAGUUUGUGUAGUGUAGUUUGAUGGAGAGAGUAUCGUUUUUGAAUAUAGUAAAUCAACUGCUCUACUGUUCAUAUUGCUAUUACCUUUUAGUCGAUACAAAAACACUUGUAUUUUACACGAGCCUACAAAGAAACUUUUUUUCCAACUCGAAAUUAAUCAAAAACGGCAGAAAAGAGAAUAUUUUCCUAAAUUGUACAAAAAAAUGUUCAUUGUAGCGUACAAACCGUUUGUCGCGUAAAGUACAGUUGUAAUAAUUAUUACACAAAUUAUUUAAUUGUUUAAAAUGGCUGUGUGCACUUGAAAGCUUCUAUACUUAUAUCAUUUGUAUAAGAAUAUUAGACAAUAAAAUUAUUAUCUAACAAAUUAAUAAGGUAUACCGUACCUACUACCUAUUGUUGGUAAUUAAUUCGUAAUUCUUUUAGGUAACUACUAUACAUAUUUUUUUCUAGACGAUUUGUGUAACAAAUUUCCAAUAAUUACAGUUUAUGUUGACUUCCUUACCAUAGUUUUAUGAUCAGUACAUACUAAUUUGCCAAUUGUACCUAGUUCAAAGUGGUUUACCACAGAAUGGUGUCCCAGCGCCACUUCUUUGGUAAAGAUUUUCAUCUAGUUAUUAUUCGCAAUGCGUCUAAAAGCAGUUGAGCGGAUUUAUUUAAUCGCGCGUCCUAUCAAUUUCCGAUGUCGAUACUUCGUCGAGAACCACUCGAUUUUCCGGACGGGCGCCGACAUCGAAAUUAAUCCGACCGCAAUUUCAUCUAUGUAAAAUUAUAAAAACAACAUUAACAACCGUGUAACUGGCCGUUUCACGAUAAACUGUAUUUAAUCUAAGUUUAGUUUUUGUUUCUCAGCGUUUUGAGCAAUAGAGACUGAACUGAAUCAGACGUAAAAACAUUUUUAUUGACCAAAUACUGAUUCGAUAUUUUGAACUAAUCCAAACUUUCAUUUGCCAAUACGAUAAACAUCCUAAAUAAUGUACGUCCAAUUAUCUACAACCGUUUUAGAAAUAAAAAUGCAAUGCAAAAAAGUGAUUUGGAUACUACUUCCUAGUCGGUUCAUCUUCAUUUUUUAUGUACCUAUGUAUGUGUAUUUUCAAGCUUCAAGCACUUAAACUGAUUCAUGGAAUGAUAAAAUCACGAUCUUUAUCUUUAAUCCUUGAUUAAUUAAUGGCUUUGUCCUGCUCUCGACAAUUAGACAUUCUUCUAUUCUGGAACAUUUGUUUUGAAUAAUAUUAACUAUAACAUUUACAAAUAUUUUACAAUUUUUAUCUUGAACUAAACUAUGAUUCAUAAUUUUCUCAAGAUUUAUCCGCCAGGUCGAUUUUUCGAUAUGUUGUUGAUUGUAGCACUUUCAAUUGGAAAAACUGGUGCAGCACUGGAAAUAUUUCAUUAACUUGGAAAAAUGCAUUAACUGGCAUUACCAAUUAAAUACAUUUUUAUUAUAAACACUUUUUUUGGUAACGCACUUUAAAUACAUUUUUUGGCGCAUCUAGUAAGCACCUGUCAUCCAUCUGUCAUACUUCUUACAAAUCGAAAGCGCUUUUAUUCCAUUUUUUCUAUUUUCUUAAUACAUCUAGUAGGUACUGUCAUAUUUCUUGUUUCAUGCAAAUCGAAAUCGCUUUUAUUCUAUUCCAGUAAUCUAGUUACCCUAUUAUAUUGUUCACUCAUUAUUUGGUUAAAAUUAAAGUCCUUUAGUUUGAGUUAAAGUGCAAUUUGUGCAAAAAUUGUAGACAAUUCCACCUCCAGUAACUAAUGUAAGUACUUAUUUGGGUUCCUUUUAUAUUUUUCCCCUUGACUAGGAGAUCGUGAUUUUAUUUUGACAUGUACGAAUCCGCCAUGAUGAUCCGACUUAUUUCGGACUAAAAUAAUUAAUUAGUAGGUAGUUUGUCUUCAGAUCGAGCUUGUAGUAGAACCGGAAAAAUUAUUUUGUAAUUGAGACAUUUCUAAUUAGGAGGAUAAAUGCUGUUUAAAUGGCCGGUAUAUAAUGCAUUAUUCCACUGCUUUGAACAAUCGAAUCUGGGAACAAACGCGUAAAGAGCUUAUAUAAUUACUCUCAGCUGAAGUCGGUUUUAUGCCUGGAUUAUUAUUUUUUAAAGUCACUUUUAGCCAUGUUGCCAAUUUUAAUGAAAUGGCUAUUUUAUAUUUGUAACUACUAACCAGUAUUCCGCCCGAGCUAAAAUAUUUGCCUUAUAAUGUCUAUGAAUUAGGCAUUUUAAGCACUGCGUAAUGCCAGUGCAGCCAGUGAUAAUUAUAUAAAAAUAUAUUAAAUGCUGCGUAUUUUUAUUGAUAUGUUUUUUAUUAUACAAAUUUGUUGGAAUUCUUACAAAAAGUAAAUAAAUAAUUGAGAUAUCAAUAUAUUGGAUUGAGGAUCAGUAUUUGCGUUUAUACGAAAUGUUCUAUUUAAGAAAGUAUUUACUCGAACUCGAUGGCUAAAAAUGAUUUUUUAGUAAGUUUCAUUUGGGGACAGACAUUCCCAAAUUGUUCCCAAUAACCUAAGCGAGAAUGAUUUUUAGUCUUUCGAUUCCAGUUAAAAAAUAACAAAAUCAUUCCAUCGAUAAAGUAAAUAUUUUUGAAAAUAGUUCUCUUUAUGAAAAUUCCUUAACGCGUAUUUGAGAUUUUUAUAAAGAUGUUCUAAACAUGACUGAUUUAAGAAUGAAUGAACGUAAUUAUAAAAAAUAUGGACUAUACUAAAAAUUCACGAGAAAAUUUUACUUUUAUAAUGGUGCUUUCUUCAAUUGCUAAUGUUCAAGCUAUCUUCACAUGCUACGUGGACCGCUAAUGGGGAAGGGGCGAGUGGGGAACUUUGCAAACUUCACAAUUUUUUUAUGCCUACCAGAAAAAUAUAUACAUAUGUAUGUGUGACAUUUUAGCCAUACUUUUUGCAUUAAAAUUUAAGUAAUAAAUAAUGUGCUUCUGUCGAACAUUCUAAACACACCACAUUUAUUAUCACCUAAAUUUUUUGAUUCGUUUACGUUUUCUAAAAAUUCCUUACGCAAUGCAAUCAAACAAAAAUGUCACCCAUAUCUUUAUAAAUAAUGAAUGCAUAAAAAUUUCUACAUAACGGGGAAGUACAGAUGCACUUUUGCUCCAUGUAUUUCUGUGUUAUACUGUUAUAAUAUUUUGUUAUUCAAUUGAUUAGUAUAUUAUUGUUAAAAUUUUAUAUAAAUAUUAUGGUUGUGGAUAGUGUUUGAUUCCUAUGGUUUGUUAAUGUUUUGUUUUUCUCAAUUAAAGCCUCGUUUUUGAUAUGCUGUCAUUCCCAGUCAGUACAUCUACAAAGGGCGUACGUAUUUAUAAUAUUUUCAUAGAAUUAUACCCAUGUACUAACCGACAUGUCCUCAACAUUUAAAUAAUACAACCAAUAAAAAUUCUUAGAAUAAAUCAUACCUGUAAAAGAAAGGUAGGAAAUUAACAUGUAUACAGAACAACGUUAAAAAAACGAAAACUUAAGCCAGUUAAUUGGAUGCAUUUUAAGUAUAUAGAUAUUUAUUGUGCGUUAUCUUCGAAUACUUAAUAAUUUGUACAUAUUUAAAAUUGCUUUGUGCUGUAAUAAAUUGUGUUUCCCAAUAGUUAUAGCCUACUAUCUUGAAAUUAUAUAAAUAAAUCGAAGAACCGGUGUAAUUUUAUAUCAUUCUUAUGCAAUUAAAAUCGAUAUCAAAAUUUCUUAUUAGCAAAUAAUUGUUUAAAAUUUAAAAGUGAGGAAUGAUGUAGGUAUUUUAGUAGAUGUAUAGUGUAUAUUCUAAAAAUGCAAAUAUGAAAAUUGUGAUUAUUAUUCUGUAUAGAGUACGUUUAUAUCAUAAAUAUGGAGUACUGAUAGAUCAGUAUUAAUGCAGAAAUAUAUGUAAGGUAAAAAACAUUUACGAAUACAAGGCAAUAAGAACAUGGUUGUAAUUGUUAAGUACUUUAAUAUAUUUAUAAGAUGAUAUACGUUAUUCAUAACUAGUAAAUUUUUGUUUUUCGCGAACAAUAUUUGGUAUAUAAAGAAGAAUCAAACACUUUCCAUUAUUCCAAAAGCAAAGUGAUAAAUAGAUUUAUACUGGUGAAAAGCUGCUAUAAAAUGUUAUUUUUAUUUAAAUAUCGAGAUAUGUACAGCUUAUUUAAUUUAUCACAAAUUUUAACGUUUUCUUGUUUCGUUAAAUAGAGAAAUUGUUCAAAAUAAUGUUUGGUGUAACCGAGUCCGCUAUACAUACAUACAUACGAGUAGGAUUUUUGUUAUACAAACGCGUGAAAUUUGAUUUUUCAUGUGUAGGGACUCGGCCUCGGUCCAGGCAUUAUAUCUAUUGUGUGCUAUCUCCAAAAACUCUAAACGUUUGAUACACGUUACAUACCACCCAGUGUCCGCCGCAAUAUCGCUUCUCUAUAUUAUCUUGAUCCUUCUUUUUGGUACAUAUCAUUGGUAGAAAAUGAAACGACACACUUCGAAAUUCUUAAACGCCUGUAAUAAAUUUGGUGGAAAAAAAGUAGUUAAAUAAAUUUAAUAUGCAUUCGAUUUGAUUUUAGCGUUAGUGGCCUACACUGUGCGGUUUUCAAUUUGCCCGGCAUAUUACAAGAAUCGAGUAAAUUGAAAUGUAGCUAACGAUUGACACGUUUACUUAAAAAUAAAACAGCGUAUAAUGACUGUUUAAAAAAAUGUUAUUUUAAGAUUUGAAAAAUUUGAAUUGUUAUGAGUGACAAAGCUACUUUGAAUCCACAAUGAUGAAUUAAUACAUUUUGCACAUGACUGUAAACAUGCUUUUUUAUAUUUUGCAUAUAAUUUAAUAAACCAAUUAAAUAAAUCGGGUUUAAUCAGGAUAAAAUUGUCUAAAAUAUUUUUGGACAUCUAGACCGAUUGAAUUUUUACGAAAUAUUCUGCUUAUCAGAUAACUAGAAAAAGAAUUUCGAUGAAUCCCUAUUCAAUAAAAUGUAUUUUAAAAUUCGAAGUUUCGGAAUUGAUUUGCCGAAAUCGCAAAAUAGAUUUUUUAUGAAAUGAAUACAGGGACAUUUAUGCACAAAGAAUUAAAGAAUUUACAAUUUGGUCAGAGUCAAUUUUGGACAAUUUCAUAUGGAUAGACCUAUCGUGUAGAUGCAUACGACAUGUUUGGUCAUAUCGCAUCUACAUUUCCAAACUCAUUAAUUGUAAUAUAAUGAAUAAUCAUAGUCAAACAUAUAUACAUAUAAUUUUUCUAAGCAAUCGUUGUUUUUAGGGUAGCUAUUGAUAUAUUAUUAAGAUUUAGUUUAUAAGCUUUGCGAAAUAUUAAAGCGAUCUCGAUUUAAAUUUGAUAAAAUUUUUAACCUCUU